AUGUCCCAGUUUCUUUUGAGAGACGCCCGCAGGUCGCUGCUAAGACCACUUCGAAGGUGCUACUCAUCGAAUUUCUCAAAUCAGGCCAUAGAGAUAGAAUCUGGGUUGCAAAGGGAAUUGGAUGGCAUUCUAAAUUCGUUUGAUGCUCCCAUUACAUAUGCCUUUGGCUACGGUUCUGGAGUUUUCAAACAGGUGGGAUAUGAUUCUACUGACAAACCACAGAUUGAUCUCAUAUUGGCAGUAGAAGAUCCAGUGGAGUUCCAUUCCAGAAACAUAAAACAGAAUUCUCAUCAUUACUCAAGCCUGAAAUACUUUGGGCCAAAAGUAAUUAGUCGAUUUCAGGAUGUUGGAGCUGGUAUAUACUUCAAUCCCUACGCUAAUAUUAAUGGAAAUGAGGUUAAAUAUGGAAUAGUGUCGAUGAAAAGAAUAUUGAACGACUUAAAGAACUGGGAGAGUUUUUAUAUUGCUGGUAGACUGCAAAAGCCCGUAAAAGUACUGAAAACAAACCCCACAAUUGAACAUUAUAAUCAUCUUAACUUGAAGGCAGCCGCAACUCUAGCCAAACAUCUCAUAUCAGUCAAGUAUCCAGAGAAGUUUGAUGAAUUUCAAUUCUACAAGGAGAUAACAGGCUUAAGUUACCUAGGUGACAUAAGAUACCAUUUAGGUGCUGAAAACCCUAAGAAGGUGGAGAACAUUGUAACCAAAAACUUCGACAAGUUUAGAAUGUACUAUAAACCUAUUUAUGAGGAUGUUGUAGUUAAUAAUGGUUACUACUUACCACCUGGGUUUACCUUAAAGAAUUCGCUGAAAAAGAUACAGUAUCGAAUUCAGAGAACAAGCCUAACUCAAAUGUUGAAAGGUGUUGCAACAGCUGGUAUUACAAAAUCUGUCAAAUACGCAUGGGCUAAAAGAAUGAAGAGUCGCUCAAAAUAG